CGUCUACGUAUAUAACGUCUAUGGCACCAACCAACUGUCAGGUGUAGGGCGGAGAGAAGCGGACUUUGGCGGCUUGAACUCCUUCCUCCGGUAAAUUCGGGCGAAGUUUUGGAGUGAACCUGGACGCGUCGGCGACUAUGGCGGCGGGUAGCAGCAGUCUCGACGGCGCUGAAAUCGACACAAAGCAGCUCCAAGCCAGCGCCACGACGGAGUACUGCUUAAAGUUGCAGCGGUGGAUGUGGGAGUAUUACUGGGGUUAUGCUAGCUGGCAGAGCUGGGCGGCUCUGCCCGCCUUCCCUUCGCCGCCGCCGAGCUCUGCCGCUCGGACGCCGGCUGCACACACCUCCACCCCCGUCGGCGGGCAGCAGAUGUUUGACCCUGGGAGCUGGUACGGCCACCCGUAUGCUUUCAGACCCCCGGGGUCCUCCCCUCCUCCUCACCCGGGUGGCGUCCAGACGGAGCAGCGUCCGGCCGCGACCGAUGCGCGGCGGCAGCAGCAGAACGGACAUCCGCCACAGGCAGGGCGAGAGUACACCAUCCCGUCCCCUCUGCUGAGGUUCCUGGCAGAGACGGUGGACUUCCUCAUCCUGUUCUCUGUGAAGGCCACCAUCGUGUUGUGGAUAAUGCAUCUCUGCGGAAUGAAGGACAUUGCCAAGUUCAUCACGCACUUCAUCGUGGAGGAGAUCGAUGAGAACACGUCCAUAGAGGACCUGCAGAAGAUGAUGGUGGUCGCUCUGGUCUACAGGGUGUUGGUCUGCGUCUAUGAGACCGUUUGCAUUUGGGGCGCUGGAGGCGCCACUCCGGGGAAGUUUCUGCUGGGCCUGCGGGUGGUGACCUGCGACACGUCCACCAUGAUACGACCCAACCAUGUUCUUGUGGUCCCGGCGUCUAACGUCUCCCUGUCAGCCUCCACCGUGCGGGCGCUGAACAAGAACUUCUCCAUCACUUUCCUCUUCCCCAUCUUCAUCACGCUCCUCUUCUUCCAGCACAACCGGACCGUCUACGACAUCGUGGCCGGGACCAUAGUGGUCCAACGCCGGGGGGGCUGACGGGUCGAUCACGGACUCAGACCCAUUUACUGACUGAGGACGAUUGCUCCGGUUCUCAUUAGGAUCCAAAUAAUUUAUUUAAAAGAGAUUGUUUUACUGCACUGAAAAGAGUGAUGGUCAUGACAUCACCGAGCAGAAGUUGAGGCGCACUGUAAAAGCACUUGAAUGCAGAUAUGGUAGCAGAAUAUUAGGUCAAAUGACAAAUCUUGCCUGCUCUGUCGAGAGGGCUUUAGUUUUCAUAUUGAGCAUCAAAAGAAAGCAAAAUUAUGUGCAACGUCUACAUAUUUUUAUUUAUUAAUUUUUUUAAAAAUACCUAUCUACAAUAUGGACGUGCGCCUUUUGGACAGCUGUGGUAUUAAUGCCGAAUAAUUUAUUCUCCACAAACCCUAAAUAUAUAACCUUUGGAUUAAAUCUUAUGUAUUUAUUGUCAGAUAUCUGUAUCAACUUAUUUUAUUCCAUAAUUUAUAAAUAAAAAAAAAAAGCUGCAUUUAAUGGAACCUAAGAAUAAAACCCCUUAUAUUUGCCAAAUAAACUGUAUGACAGCAGGAAUCAGGCAGCCCAUCAGCUCAGAGUUUUAUUGUGCUUUAAAAGCCACGAGAGGCACCAAAAUAAAGGCGCCAUGUCGACCUGGAGGAAAAACAUGGCAAAAAAAAGCUAAACAUGUGCACGCAAAAAGUUCAGAUGUUGCGCAUAUUUUUGGUUUCCUGACAGAAGAGGAGAACAAGUUCCCCCGUGACCGGGCUCGCUGUGAUGGCAGCGCUUUGGACCAUCUCUGAAGUAUUAGGAACAUUUGUUAAAUUCAAAAAGAGAUAUGCAGUAAUUUUCAUUUUAGGAUAUGUGUUAGGUUACAGUGUACUUGUGUUUUUAUUGCAAUUUAUCAUGUUUUAAUUUAGUAACUGUGAAAAACAGGAUACUUAAAAUGAACAAUGAAUGUCUGGAUAGAUUUUCCUUUAUGGGUUGUUUUGCUGUUAAAGUCAGUUUUUUUUUUUUUAGUUAUUAUUAUUAUUUCCACUGUAGCCAUACUGCUAAAAACAAAGAAAAUGUUCAUUCUUUGUGCCUAUGAAUGAUUUGUAUUGUUGCUUUGAUUUACUGAAAGCUGUAGAGACUGUUGUAGUUUACAGUUGGUAAAUUCUCAAGACAAGUCAUUUUGUGACUCAGGGCAACUUUUUAGCAUUGACAAUAUUUUAUUGAAAUAUAAAACGUUGUGAUGUUUCUAUUUGCGAACCAUGUGAGAAUUUUCUGGUAUUAAAGUACUGCACGCAAUUCCCUAACAGUAAAUUAACACAUAAUCGUUCCA